AUGUAUUUUAUCAUGGAUGUGAACCUGGCCGGGGAUGGGCCCGUGUUUGGAUCUCCAUGCGGAUGUGACAUUUCAGAGAAGAGCGCGACCGCCAUUUUGAGAUUUACCUCAGAUUCAACACAUCACAAACCACGGGAGGAGCGGGUUGUGAGCUGCACAGCCCAGACCAGUGUAGUACGCCCGGGCACAUUCCUCAUACGAAACGACAGACGAGGGACAAUCGGAGGAGCACACGGACUGGGGAUAUCGCAGGCAAAGUUGUUGAAUGUGUCCAUAGCAAAUGACCCUUUGUUUUCGUUGUUGCACCUUUAUCUCAAUUUGGCUGCCAAGUGUCAGCGAUUCGCACCCACCAAAGGCGCCGAGAUUGGGCGAAUAGCGAGCAAAUACGUCCGCGUUUCUCUACCCGCUCCCCCGCCGACCUCCCCUCCUCUCUCCCCGGCGCUGACAGCGGACAAGGCCGAGGUCGUAACAGAGCAGGCCCGGCCGCCAAGGCUCGACCUGUCCACCCCACCUCCGCAUCCCACCGCACCUCACCAGCAGUCCAGAACCCGGUUCCCCACCGAGCCGACACUGGACAAGGUCGAGGGCAACAGAGAUAGCAGGGAGCAGCGCAUCACAACCACAGCAGCUGCAGUCAUGAACCACCACCACACGCAGCAGCAGCAGCAGCAGCAACCGAAAGCCGGCGAGCAGCAGCUCAGUGAACCGGAGGACAUGGAGAUGGAAGCUGGAGACACAGAUGACCCUCCAAGAAUCCCAGCCAACCCCGUGAUCAAUGGUAAUGUGGCCAUGGCUGAUGGGCACAACAAUACAGAGGAAGACAUGGAGGAUGACACCAGCUGGCGAUCAGAGGCAACAUUCCGGUUUGUGGUGGAACGCUUCAGUCGGCUGAGUGAAUCUGUGCUCAGCCCGUCCUGCUUUGUGCGGAAUCUCCCCUGGAAGAUAAUGGUGAUGCCACGCUUCUAUCCGGACCGGCCUCAUCAGAAGAGCGUGGGCUUCUUCCUGCAGUGUAACGCAGAGUCAGAAUCCACGUCAUGGUCAUGUCACGCACAGGCCAUGCUGAAGAUCAUAAAUUACAAAGAUGACGAGAAGUCAUUCAGCCGCAGGAUCAGCCAUUUGUUCUUCCACAAAGAGAAUGAUUGGGGCUUCUCCAACUUCAUGUCAUGGAGCGAUGUGACAGAUCCAGAGAGGGGCUUCAUUGAUGAUGACAAAGUCACAUUUGAGGUCUACGUCCAGGCAGAUGCCCCACAUGGAGUAGCCUGGGACUCAAAGAAACACACUGGCUACGUUGGACUAAAGAACCAGGGUGCAACCUGCUACAUGAACAGCCUGCUACAAACCCUCUUCUUCACCAACCAGCUACGGCGGGCGGUGUACAUGAUGCCUACAGAAGGAGAUGACUCGUCUAAGAGCGUUCCGCUGGCACUGCAGAGGGUUUUCUAUGAACUGCAACACAGCGACAAACCAGUCGGCACCAAGAAACUCACAAAGUCUUUUGGAUGGGAAACACUAGAUAGCUUCAUGCAGCACGAUGUACAGGAGCUGUGCAGAGUGCUCCUGGACAACGUGGAGAACAAAAUGAAAGGCACUUGUGUCGAGGGAACCAUCCCCAAAUUAUUCAGAGGAAAGAUGGUGGUAUGUUUUCUCAAGCGGAUAGAGGACUACUAUGACAUUCAGCUUAGCAUAAAAGGAAAGAAGAACAUCUUUGAGUCAUUCAAAGAUUACGUUGCAACUGAACAGCUGGAUGGAGACAAUAAAUACGACGCAGGAGAGCAUGGCCUUCAGGAAGCAGAAAAAGGAGUGAAGUUCCUAACCUUCCCUCCAAUCCUUCAUCUGCAGCUGAUGAGGUUUAUGUACGACCCACAAACUGACCAGAACAUCAAGAUUAAUGACAGGUUUGAGUUCCCAGAUCAAUUACCUCUGGACGAGUUCCUUCAGAAGCCCGACUCUAAGGACCCAGCCAACUACAUCCUCCACGCGGUGUUGGUACACAGCGGGGACAACCACGGCGGUCACUACGUCGUCUAUCUUAACCCCAAAGGAGACGGCAAAGUGAGUGUCAAGGAACCAAUAUGGUGUAAAUUUGAUGAUGACGUCGUGUCACGGUGCACCAAAGAGGAGGCCAUAGAACACAACUAUGGCGGACACGACGAUGAUCUGUCAGUCCGCCACUGCACCAACGCGUACAUGUUGGUCUACAUCCGCGAGUCCAAGCUCAGUGAAGUGCUCCAGCCAAUGACUGACGUGGACAUCCCACAGCAGCUGGUGGAGCGAUUGCAGGAGGAGAAGAGAGUGGAGGCCCAGAAGAGGAAGGAACGCCAAGAGGCUCACCUCUACAUGCAGGUUCAGAUGGUGACCGAGGACCAGUUCUGCGGUCAUCAGGGCAACGACAUGUAUGAUGAGGAGAAAGUGAAGUACACAGUCUUCAAGUUCCUGAAGAGCUCCACGCUGCAGGAGUUUGUCCAGAACCUUUCUCAGACCAUGGGUUUCCCACAGGACCAGAUGAGGCUGUGGCCCAUGCAGGCUCGGAGCAAUGGAACCAAGCGACCCGCCAUGCUCGACUACGAGGCCGAUUGCAACAAGUCGAUGAUCGACUUGAGUGACAACGAGAAUCCCUGGACAAUAUUUCUGGAGACGGUGGAUCCGGAGUUGGCCGCCAGCGGAGCCACGUUACCCAAGUUCGAUAAAGACCAUGAUGUCAUGUUGUUCUUGAAGAUGUAUGACCCCAAAACCAGAAGCUUAAAUUAUUGUGGACAUAUCUACACACCCAUUUCCUGCAAAAUAAGAGACCUGCUGCCAGUCAUGUGUGAGAGAGCAGGGUUUCAGCAGGAAACUAGCCUUAUCCUCUAUGAGGAAGUAAAGCCCAAUCUAACCGAGCGAAUACAGGACUAUGAUGUCUCUCUGGACAAGGCCCUGGACGAGCUCAUGGAUGGGGACAUCAUUGUCUUCCAGAAGGACGACCCAGAGAACGACAGCAGUGAGCUGCCUACGGCCAAGGACUAUUUCCGGGAUCUGUACCACCGGGUGGACGUCAUUUUCUGUGACAAGACCAUCCACAAUGACCCCGGCUUUGUGGUCACGCUCUCAAACCGCAUGAAUUAUUUUCAGGUGGCCAAAACGGUGGCUCAGAGGUUGAACACAGAUCCAAUGCUGCUGCAGUUCUUCAAGUCACAGGGGUACAGGGACGGUCCAGGGAAUCCUCUCAGACACAAUUAUGAGGGAACGCUGCGAGACCUGCUGCAAUUCUUCAAGCCUCGGCAGCCCAAGAAACUUUACUACCAGCAGUUAAAGAUGAAGAUUACAGACUUUGAGAACAGGAGGAGUUUUAAAUCCAUUUGGCUCAACAGCCAGUUCAGAGAGGAGGAUAUCACCCUCUACCCUGACAAACACGGCUGCGUGCGGGACCUUUUGGAAGAAUGUAAAAAGUCAGUGGAGCUGUCUGAAAAUGGCUCUGAGAAGCUCAGGCUGUUAGAGAUAGUAAGCUAUAAAAUCAUCGGGGUUCACCAGGAGGACGAGCUGCUAGAAUGUUUAUCUCCUGCUGCCAGUCGCACCUUCAGAAUAGAGGAGAUUCCUUUGGACCAGGUGGACUUGGACAAGGACAGUGAAAUGUUGAUCCCUGUCGCCCACUUCCACAAGGAAGUCUUUGGCACCUUUGGGAUUCCCUUCUUGCUCAAGAUCAGACAGGGUGAGUCAUUUCGGGAGGUAAUGAGGAGGAUCCAGACAAUGCUGGACAUCCAGGAGAAAGAAUUUGAGAAGUUCAAGUUUGCAAUUGUGAUGAUGGGCCGGCAUCAGUACAUCACUGAAGAUGAGUACGAGGUCAACCUGAAGGACUUUGAACCACAGCCAGGUAACAUGUCCCACCCGCGCCCCUGGCUAGGGUUGGACCACUUCAACAAAGCUCCAAAGAGAGGUCGCUACACCUACCUGGAGAAAGCAAUCAAGAUCCACAACUAAAAGCAGCCCGCCCUUCCUCCUCCUCCUCCUCCUCCUGUCCUGCUCCGCCUUCCUCCCUACGUUAACAAAACCAUAACCACAGACUGUAACCAACCGUGUGUGCAUGUGUUUGUGCGCUAGAGGCCGUUUGGGUGUGUGCGUGAUCUCGUAUGUGUGUGUGUUCAUCACUGAGGCCCCGCCUGGACACCUGCAGCUCUGCACCGGCACCAUGUCGCAGCAGCUGACGGAUUAUUCUCCAACCACAAAAUGAACUGCACCAACCACCUCCCGACUGUUGAUUUUGUUGUAUAUUAAGUUUUUUCUUUUUUUUUUUUUAUCGUCUCCCUCUACGCUUGACGCUACUUUUUUUUGUUGUUUUUUUUGUUUCUUUUAUGGCUUCUCUACCUGUUGACUGCCUGCUUUUUGUUGCCUGUCUGGAAAUGGGAGACAUGAAAUUGGUUUUUAAGGUGAAAGGAGUGAAGCGGGAACUGGGACAGAGAUAUGUAUGUUUUUUUUUUUGUUUGCCCCCCUCCCCUCCUCUCCCACUUGACUCGUCAGCCUUUUUUUCCCUUCUGAGUUUUGGGGGUUUGUUUUUAAAUAAAGUUGUUUAAAGAGGAAUACAGCUGUGUGCAGAGUUUGAUGGAGAGGAUGUUUGCCAGGACUUGACUGACAGUGUUGCUGAACUUCUUUUUUUUUUUUUUUCUUUUUUUUUUUUUACCCCUUUCUUUCUGCAAAACAGAAGCGGCUGCAAGCUGGCGUUCACUCCGAAGUUCACUAGUCGCUCUACCUGAAGUUGUUUAUAGUUCCUGCUCCCACCCUAUAGUGCAACAAAAACCAGUAUUUGAGUUUACACCAGUUCUCUUCGCAUAGUUUGGUUGGAGGAUAAAGUAAAUUUUUUUGUCUCUUUAUGCAGAUCUUGUAUAAUAAAACAAAACAAAUAAAAAAAAACAUCUGCAAAACGGCAUCUGUUUAAAAAAAAAUAAUAAAUGGAGAAAAAUGAGAUUUGUCUGUAUUUCAUCUUGAACGUUGGCACUUAAUGUCGGAGUUCUCAGGAUUGGCAAAAUGUGCUUUUUUUCCUGUCUUUUUUUUUUUAGCUUUAAAAAACACGUGCACCAACAUUUCCCCCUUAACUCUUAUUUUUUCUUCUCUUUUUUUUUUUUUUAAUGGAGGGAGGGGUAGACUUUUUUUCUGUCAUUCCUCUGAGCGCUAAUGCACAUUGAAGCUUCGGCCCCUCUUGAGUCUGUCGCCCCCCGGUGGUUGCCCGCGGUAACUGCGUUGUGCUUGUUGGGACUGCAGACUCUCGGACUCCCUGCAGGAGUCUGAGGGUUGUGUAGAACCAAAACCAGCAUUGUAACAAACACUUCAAGCCCUUUCAAUUUAUUUAGCUUUUUUUUUUUUUCCAAGUACAGACGGAAUGCACCCCACGUAAUGCAUAGCUGGCUCUGUAAAGACAACAUUUAUUAAUUGUAUAUUUAAAAAUAUGAACGUGUAAAAUUUAAGAGACACGCGCCUUUCUUGUUGGGAACAGAAGGAGCCAGGUGUUCAUAUUUCUUGUGUGUAGGUUUCUUCCCCCCCCCCCUCUUCUUUUUGCGUUCCUGAUGUACCAUUGACAUAUUUUUUCUUUUCUGUUACAUUUGGAUUGUUUUGUUUUUCUUUCUUCUGAAAAACUAACUGCGGUGGUUUGUCUUGUUUUAAAAACUUCAGUACAAAGAUGACCUGCGGAAUCACAACCUUGAUUUGAUCUUUUCCAGUUUAAAAUCAUCAGUGUAGCAGCAGUGUACGACAACUAUUCCUGUAUAUUGCCUUUUUGCUGGAAAAUGUAUGUUGAAU